UUCCGGUCGACGGGCAGCAAGGCGGCUGCUGAUUGGCCGCCCUGUCCGACAAAUAAAGGCGUUGGAUACGAAAUUCGAAUGCGGAGCUCAUCGCCGGCGGGGAGGACGGCUGGUGGCAUUGUACGGCCUUCGUGUCAAGAUGUUGAGUUUGCUGAAGCAUUCUUAUGAUCUGCUGACCAUUUCUGACCCCCAAGCAGUUGAUCCUGAAACAAAGUUUAAAUCUGUUGGGCAUGGGUCAUUAAUAGAGAGUUGCCAUAAUGGAGUAAGCAAAAUGUACUCGACUAAAUAUUCCAAUGGUUCCACACAAGAGCUAGGUUCACAUACUGCUGAUGGGUCUCCUGUACUGAACAAGGAAAGACGAUUCUGUACCAACAGGGCAUUGUCCCUUUCUGUUGAAAAGCAACAUGAAGGGAAAAGAAACAAUUCUAUUUCACCAAUUUUGUUUGAAACGCCCAAGUUAACUAGCAAGACUGUCACAUUACGGCGACGACUCCUCGAGUCCCAUCUCUCCUCUGGUAAGAAUGUAGAAUUGCACAAAACUCUUCAGCCCACUGCAGCAGAUAGUGAAGAAUGGUCUUGUACCAGAACAUGCGAUAUAUUCCCCUUUUCAGAUAGCUUACUGAAUUCUCCCGGGGACUUGAAUUUUGAAGCUUUAUCAACCAGUACUCUAAAUAAUGAUGAAUGUGGUACUUUAUGUAGAACUAAAAGGUAUUUGUUUGCACAGCAGCGAACUUCCACAAUAGAUGAUCUAAAAGGUAAAAAUGGGUUAAUGCCUGAAUGUCCAACUUCUGAUCAAUCAAGUGCAUUCAGUAAACUUGACUUAAGCAGUUUCUCUUACUGUGAAGAUGACAGUGAAUACAGUUCAUCUGGAUCCUUUGUAACACCAUCUAGACAUGAAAAACUGAAAAUAUCUGGAGGUGAUCAGUUUGUUACUCCAGUUCAUUUCAAACCAAACAUGUCCACAGAAAGGAUGUUAGAAAGAACCCCUUCACAUGACAAAUUGGAUGUCUCAACCGAGGACAGUGGGUACAAUUCAGUUAGUUUGGAAAAAUCAUCUGAUUCUUUCUCAAAUGAAAAUUCCUUCCAAGAAUUGGUGAAAAAUCAAAAGAAAACCCCAAUGAUGACAGACUGCAAGAGAUCUCUCAGAAAAUUGGAAAGAACUAAGCGAUUAUCAACUCUCAGUGAGCGAGGCUCGCAGUCUGAGACAGAAGAAGAACACAAAGGAAUUCAUAAGGGGUCAAAUUACAAACUCAAAUUAUCCAACAAAGAUGAGGAAUUGGUCUUUGAAGAAAAUAACUGGGAGGACCCACUGCUAAAAUUUGCGAAUUUGUCUCGUACCCCUGCAUUGCAGUUAAUACAGGAACUGUGCGUGAGUAAAAGGAAAAGACUGGAAGAUAUCAUUAAGGGCCAGAGUGGAUCAGAGGAAAAGCCAUUGGGUGUAUCUAUGCCACCACUAUGUAGAUUAAUUGGGAGAAAAAUGGGUUUGGAAAAAGUGGAUAUUUUGAAAGAACUGUUCAACCGGAAUUUGACACAUGUUCUCACUCUAAUUUUGUAUUGCUUAACUGUAGAAGAUAUCUGCAGAGUUUGGAAAGUGAGCAAAAUAUGGAAGAAAAUCCUCAAGCAAGACCAGGCACUUUGUCUCAAAAGGAAGCAGUAUCUUGAUGAAAGUCGAAACCACCAAGUGCAUAAUCAACCUUGGGCCGCUGAUGCUGAAACCAGAUGUAAUCUCCCAGAUCGUCCUGCUUUGAAAUCUGUUCAGGCACAAGCAAGGAUUAUGUUUACUCCAACUCUCUCAUCUCAACAGGGGAUAACAACUGGUGGAUGCAGUAGUGCUUCCAAGUCCAGUAGUAAACGAGAAGAAUUCUUGCAGGUUGCCAAAACACUGUUUAACGAUGAGGCUUUAAAACCAUGUCCACGGUGCCAGUCCCCUGCCAGAUACAAUCCAAUGAAGAAAAGAGGCCUCUGCAGUCGAGAAGAUUGUGCAUUUGACUUCUGCACACAAUGCUUUUGUGUUUUCCAUGGAUCCAGAGAAUGUGGCAGCAAGUCUGCCAAGCAUUUUGGCAACAAAGGAGGAACGCCAGGAAGUGCUAAAAGCAAGAGGAACUUAAGAAGAUUAUAAAUUUUAAAGUAGUAAACUUGUAUAUGUAAAUAUAGGACAGUGAGAAUUCCCUCAACCAUUCUCCCUUUAUACACCUUGCAGGUUUUCUUACCAGCGUGUGCCUCUGUUCAAAAACAUUUUGAAGAUACUUUUAAACUACUAUCAAUUUGUACAAUAAUUUUCUAAUUAAUGAGUGGAGGAAACUAUGUGGUCCAAGAUUACAAGUUUUCUCUUUUUGGUUGUUCUAAUUUGCACAUUUGAUUUUAGUUUUUUUUUAUUUUCCCUACUCUUGGGUUGGUUUUUCAGAAUAACCUCAGAAACACCGUCACGAUAGGAAUGAUAGAUAGGUAGCUUGCAUCAAAAUCAUUGUGUUUUAAGAUUUCUCUGUUAAAAAGCAACCAAGAUCAGGGAGAAUUGAUAUCUCGCUGGAACAAUGUUGUCAGGAUUUUAUGAUGGGACUGGAAAAAGUGAAGUUUUCUUUACAUUCCUAAUUGAAGAUUUCUUCCCAUUCCUAGCUUCCUUUUUCAAAGAAUCUAGUUGCUUUGGGCAAUGGACUCCAUUUAUUGAAUCACUGAACUUGGAAUCCAACGUUCACCAUUAUUUCUGUACGUGAAGUACUGUUUUAAAGUGUUGACUGUGCGUAAAAUCAAGGCAACGGGUGUGUCCAAAUUCUUUUGGACCUUUUUGUAUAUAGUUUUAUACAUGUUAAAAAAGUUAGUAGACAUUUGAGUGGAUUUUAAUUUGUUACAUGCUUAAUAAAAUUUUCAUAAAAUGG